AUGGGAGAAGAAGAUCAUAUGUCGAGGCGUACUGCCUAUCGAUUUGUCGCCUAUUCGGCUGUGUCUUUUUCGGUUUUGGCUGUCGUUUCGGUGAGUUUUGGGAGUGUUAAGAUCUGCCGCUUCAACAAAAUUUUUGUCAGCUCUGCGUCACUAUUCCAAUGGUUUUCAACUAUGUGCAAAACAUCAAGCAAAACCUGAACCAUGAGAUUUCUUAUUGUCGCGCUUCGGCUCGUGACAUUUAUUCUGAAGUCAAUCACAUUCGUGUCGCACCAAAAUCCGCCCAUCAAAACUCUUCCACUCAUGCUAACCGCGAGAAACGUGCCGCCUACGAUCAAUGCAACAAUUGUUGUCUUCCAGGGCCAGCCGGGCCAUCGGGAGCUCCCGGAAAGCCAGGAAGACCAGGUCGCCCUGGAGCGAGCGGACUUCCCGGAAAUCCAGGUCGUCCACCACCACAAUUGUGUCAUCCAACCACACCAAAACCAUGUCCACAAUGCCCUCAAGGACCACCGGGACCACCAGGAGGUCCAGGACUUCGCGGAGAUCCAGGGCGACCAGGUCAACCAGGAAGAGCGAUUGGUGGAGGGCCACCAGGUCCACCAGGACUUAAGGGACAACGCGGACAACCUGGACAACCUGGAAGACCAGGGCAACCCGGGCCACCAGGAUUCAGUGCUCAAGGACAAUCGACCCCAGGAUUACCAGGACCAGCAGGACCACGUGGGCCACCAGGGCCAAAUGGAGCGCCAGGAAGACCAGGAGCACAGGGAUAUCCGGGAACUCCUGGGCCAAAGGGACCUUCAGGAACUCCAGGAUUCCCGGGAGGGCCAGGAAAUCCAGGAGGACCAGGGCAACCUGGACAACCUGGAGGAUCGGGAGAACGUGGAAUCUGUCCAAAAUACUGUGCUAUUGAUGGCGGAGUUUUCUUCGAUGAUGGAAGUUUUAAACAACGUUAA